AUGUUUUCUGGACUCUCAAGAACAGAACAAGAACUUCAGUUUGUUGAUUAUGACAAUAUUCAACAAGAUCUUGAAGCUGAUGGCAGAAUUGAUACAGCAAUUUCAUUCGAAACAUUAGUAACUGGUACGAGAACAUCCAGAAGUUACUGGAAAUCACUAGUUAAAAUCACAAAUUCGAAGUUUCAGGAUUGUUUUGCAUUUGGCGUCGCUCUCACAUUUGGCUCUGGUGGCGCAGUAUAUGCACAGCAAUCAUGCUUAUAUAUCCUCGAAUCAUCUUUUAAUUCAAAUAAAGCCGCUACGGGCGGAUCCAUUGCCGUUGUUAACUCAAGAAGCGUUGUAGAACAAGCUACAUUUACAUUUGAUAUUGCAUAUCAAAGAGCUGGCUCAUUCUACGCCAUAUCAUCUGAUCAACUUUCAGAGGUUGAUUCCGAUGAUGCUGUUAUUUCACCGAUUAAUGAGAUCUCAAUGAUUGAUUCCUCUUUCUUCAUGUGCCAGUCCAACGAACUAUACGGUGCGGCCUACAUCUACGGAUCCACAAAUACAUAUUUGCAUAAUGUCAGGUUCGAGAAAUGCACAGCCAAAGCUCCAUGCGGUGCCAUUGCCAUUUCAGAGAGUACAGCUUUCAUUGAUAGCUGCAAGUUCUUAGGCAAUGCUUGCAAUGUUCUACCGGACAUUCCAAAUGAGAUCAACACUUUCAAAUCGAAGAUGAUUAACAAGCAAAAAGGUAUCCCAUCAGGUGGUGGUGCCAUCAUCUUCAGUUGCAUUGACCAAUCGAAACAGUUAGUUUCCCAAAAUUGCUGUUUCAACGGAAAUGUCGCAAACUAUCCAAACUUAAACACAUUCAAUGGAGCUCCUUCUAUUGGUAAUGACAUUCUCUUCCAAGGCGAUGCAAAAUGGCGUUCUUUCCAAGAUAUAUUUUCAACAGAUAAAGAUAAUGCAGUUGCUGUUGAUACAACUAAGACAUCAUCUGUUACAAUUGAUCAAUACGGAACAACUUUCCAUACAGUUGAUGGUGUUUGCGUGACAGAAAAUGAUGUUUUAGAUUAUCCAAUUAAUUCUUAUGAAUCAACAUCAGUUGUUGAAGAGUCUUCCAUUAGUUAUGAUCCAAUUAGUUACGCUGACAACACGGAAAUCAACCAGAAACCAGAUCCAGCAACUAAAUUCCCUAAUACUCCUGUAAUUAUUGGAUAUGUAAGUUAUACAUUGCAUCCACAUUCACCAGAGAUUCAAUUUCCAACACCUGUUGAAACACCAGCAUCAACUGCUUUUGAAACUCCAUUUUCUACACAAGAAACAACACCAUUUUUGACUGCUUUUGAAACUCCUUUUUCAACUGCAUUUCAAACAGUUGGUGAAACUCCUUUUAACACUGCAUUCAGCACUGCAUUUGAAACACCAUUUGAAACACCAUUUGAAACUGCUCAUGUAACUCCUUUCGAAACAGCUUUCCAAACUGCUGGUGAAACUCCUUUCAUAACUGCAUUCAAAACAGAGUUUGAAACUCCAUUUGAAACAGCAUUUUCGACUGCUUUCGAAACACCAUUCGAAACUGCUUUUAUUACAGCUUUCGAAACACCAUUUUCUACAGCUUUUCAAACUGCUUUCGAAACACCAUAUAUAAAAGCUUUUCAAACAGAAUUUGAAACACCAUUUAAUACAGUAUUUGAAACACCUUAUAUUACUGAGUUUGAUACACCAUUUGAAACUGCUUUUUCAACUGCAUUCGAAACACCAUUUUCUACAGCAUUUGAAACAGCGUUUGAGACACCAUUCAUUACACCAGAAAGUUCUGCUUUGAUUCCACAAACUCCAUUUGAAACAGCCUUUGAAACAGCUGUUGAAACACCUUUCUCAACUGCUUUCUUAACUGAAUUUGAAACUCCAUUCUCAACAGCUUUCCAAACUGCUUAUGAAACUCCUUUCGAAACAGCAUUUUCUACUGCAUUCGAAACUGCAUUUGAAACUCCAUUUUCUACAGUAUUCCAGACACCAUAUAUUACUGAAUUUGAAACACCUUUCUCUACUGCAUUUGAAACAGCAUUUGAAACACCAUUCAUUACUCCAGAAAGUUCUGCUUUGAUUCCAAGAACUCCUUUCGAAACAGCCUUUGAAACAGCUUACGAAACUCCUUUCUCUACUGCUUUCGAAACUGCUUUUGAGACUCCAUUUUCAACAGCAUUUCAAACAGCUUUUGAAACUCCUUUCUCCACUGCUUUCAAAACUGAAUUCCAAACUCCUUUCGAAACUGCUUUUUCAACAGCACAUAUUACACCAUUUGAAACAGCAUUUUCUACUUCUCAUGAAACACCGUUUGGAACUGCUUUUGAAACUCCAUUUUCUACUGCUUUCGAAACUGCUUUUUCAACUGCUCAUGAAACACCAUUUGAAACAUCACAUGAAACACCUUUCUCAACAGCUUUUGAAACAGCAUUUGAAACUCCAUUUUCAACAGCACAUAUUACACCAUUUGAAACAGCAUUUUCAACACCAUUAGUUAGUAUACAUAUCAAGGGUACGGAGGCACUGCGCGCCUCCUUACCCAUUAUAUGUGAAUUUGACACUUUACAAAACCGUUAA